UAGACUUCAAAUCAACCAUUCAACCAACCACCCAAUUAAUCCAAACAAAAUGGCCGAAGCUGUGAAGAAGGCUCCUGCAAAGAAGCCCACCCACCCCCAAUACGCCGUCAUGAUUGCCGCUGCUAUCAAGGCCCUGAAAGAGCGCACCGGUUCAUCUCGCCAGGCCAUCCUCAAGUACAUCAUCGCCAACUACAAGGUCGGAGAUGAGAAGAAGGCUGGCGUCCGCCUCAAGCUGGCCCUGAGGAAGGGAGUUACCAAGGGAACCCUGAAGCAGAUGAAGGGAACUGGCGCCGCUGGUUCAUUCAGACUUGCAAAGGACGAGGCCAAGCCCGUUGCCAAGAAGCCCGUUGCCAAGAAGGCCGCUGCCAAGAAGCCCGCUGCCAAGAAGCCAGCAGCUAAGAAGCCCGCCGCCAAGAAGCCUGCAGCCAAGAAGGCCGCUGCCAAGAAGCCUGCAGCCAAGAAGAGCCCAAAGAAGCCCGCUGCUAAGAAGGUUGCAAAGAAGCCCGUAGCCAAGAAGCCUGCAGCAAAGAAGGUCGCAAAGAAGCCUGCUGCUAAGAAACCGGCCAAGAAAUAGAUUUUCAGUGCCAAACAAUCAUAGUUUUUAAGGAAAAGAAUAUAUAUUUUAUAAUAUCAAUUAUCUAUUUAUAUCGAUGUGUAUAUAUGUCAAUAAAUGUCUAUUUUCUCUCUA